CUGGGACGAGAGUGUGGUCUAGUGGUUGGGGGGGGGGGGGCGGGGAGCCCGGGCCCUGGGUUCUGGCCAGUGGCUAAAUUUGGGGCCUGCGAAUUCCUGGUGCCGGUGCCAGGGCCCAGCUCGGCUUACGGGGAACUGAUCUCUCCUCGCGGACCGGGGUGGGGGGCACAGCCCUGCCCCCCAGCCUGGAACUAACUCAGGGUUAGUAGGGGUGGCUGCUCCUGUCCCCCCCCCCCCCCCCAUGGCUGGGCGGGAGCCCAGGCUCGAAGCUCUCCUGCUCUAACCACUAGGCGUUACUCCCUCCCCUUCCCCCGGGUCCAGGCUGCCCCGCUCUAACCACUAGACCUGCCCCCCCCCCGUGCUGGAGGGCGCCCAGCGGCGCUCCCGCCCCGGCUCCUUCCUCCUCCCCCCGCUUCUGCUUUCGCUUCCUGCCGGGGAGCGGCCCCACGCGGGGCGGGGCGGGCCGGGCGGCGGCGGCGGGCGGGCCGGGCGCGGGGCAGGCGGGCCGGCCGGGCGGGCGGGGGUCCGCGGGGGUCGCCAUGACGUCGGUGUGGAAGCGGCUGCAGCGCGUGGGCAAGCGCGCCGCCAAGUUCCACUUCGCGGCGGGAUUCCAGGAGCUGGCGCUGGAGAGCACGCGGCGCUGGCAGCCCGACAAGCUGGUGGUGGUCUGGACCCGGAGGAACCGCCGUAUCUGCACCAAGGCUCAUAGCUGGCAGCCAGGCAUCGAGAACCCGUACCGCGGCCUGGUGGUCUGGAUGGUGCCCGAGAAUGUGGACAUCACCGUCACCCUCUACCGGGACCCGCACGCCGAGGAGUAUGAGGACAAGGAGUGGACGUUCGUCAUUGAGAACGAGUCGCGGAAGGUGCUGGCCUCGGUGGCCGUGAACCUGCAGCGCUUCGCCCGCCCGACCCCGACGCAGACGGAGCUGCGCCUGCGCCUCCGCCCGCGCUCCACCAAGGUGGUGGCGGCCACGCUGCAGCUCACGCUCACGGCCACGCUGCUGUACGAGGGCAAGGCCACGGACGACGACAUGCAGAGCCUGGCCAGCCUCAUGAGCGUGAAGCCCGGAGACAUCGGCGACCUCAACGACUUCGCCGACAGUGACGACGAGGAGCCGGGCACGCGGCGGGCACGGCCUCAGGACGGCGGCGGCCCCGGCACGGACCCUCCAGGUUUCACUGAGAUUCUCUUGCUGAGCUAUUUCACAGACCCAUCGCGGGAGCUCAACGUGCUGGCUGAGGAGGACGAGGACGCGGGGAGCAGCAGGGCGGGCGCCACCCGCCCACAACAGAGGGUCCCGGCUGCCCACAUCGCUGACGUCCCCUCCACCCCCUCCGGGGAGCCCCUCCGCCCCGUGCUGGAGCUGGCCCCGCCGGGGGCAGCCCCCGCCCCUGCCCCUGCCCCCGCCCCAGCCCCGCUCUCAGCUGCCCCCCCUGCAGUAAGUGCGACGGGUGGAGCCGGGCACAGCCGGGGGCACGUGGGGAACCCUGGGGGGCAGGGGGAAGCCCAGGACCCCCGUCGGACCCCCAACCCCGGCCCCCACCCCAGCCCCAGCCCCAGCCCCUCCCCCAGGGCCGGACAGCGGCCACCUGGGAACCCGGGGGCUGGAGAGGAGCAGAAAGGAGCCUCGUCCCCCGAGCGGCCGGCAGCUGGGAGGCCAGGCGAUGCCCCCGUGCCUGCCCCCCGGCGGCGGAAGUGCCCGGAGCCCCCUGCACCCCCUUCCGCCCCCCCUGAGGAGGCCCCGGGGCUGGUGACCUCCAGCCAGUCCCUGCUGUCGUGGUGCCAGGAGGUGACGGCCGGGUACCGCGGCAUCCGCAUCACCAACUUCACCACGGCCUGGCGCAACGGCCUGGCGUUCUGCGCCAUCCUGCACCACUUCCACCCCGACAAGAUUAACUACGAGGCCCUGGACCCGCUGGACAUCAAGAAGAACAACAAGCUGGCCUUCGACGGCUUCGCCACGCUGGGCGUCGCGCGGCUGCUGGACCCGGCCGACAUGCUCUUCCUGGCCGUGCCCGACAAGCUCAUCGUCAUGACCUACCUGUGCCAGAUCCGCGCCCGCUUCACGGGCCAGGAGCUCAGCCUGGUGCAGCUGGGCGGCGGCGACAGCCAGAGCACCUACAGCCUGGGCCAGCCCGGCCCUGCGCCCGCACCCCUCGAGCCCCCCUGGCCCCCCGCCACUGCCACCGCCAAGGAUGCUGGGAUGGAGGUCAAGGUAGGGGCCGCAAAGGAUGCUGGGAUGGAGCUCAAGGCAGCAGCUGCAAAGGUUGCUGGGGUUAAAGCCAAGGCAGGAGCCACAAAGGAUGCUGGGAUUGAGGCCAAAGUGGGAGCAGCAAGGGAUGCUGGGAUUGAGGCAGAGGUGGGGGCCCCAAAGGAUGCUGGGGUUGAGGCCAAACUGGGAGCAGCAAAGGAUGCUGGGAUUGUGGUCAAGGCAGGGCCCACAAAGGAUGCUGGGAUUGUGGUCAAGGCAGGGCCCACAAAGGAUGCUGGGAUUGUGGUCAAGGCAGGGGCUGUAAAGGAUGCUGGGAUUGUGGUCAAGGCAGGGGCUGCAAAGGAUGCUGGGAUUGAGGCCGAGGUGGGGGACCCAAAAGAUGCUGGGAGUAAGGCCAAAGUGGGAGCCGCAAGGGAUGCUGGGAUUGUGGUCAAGGUGGGAGCUGCAAAGGAUGCUGGGAUAGAGGCCAAGGCAGGGCCCCCAAAAGAUACUGGGAUUGAGGUCAAGGCAGGGGCUGCAAAGGAUGCUGGGAUUGCAGUCAAGGUGGGAGCUGCAAAGGAUGCUGGGAUAGAGGCCAAGGCAGGGCCCCCAAAAGAUACUGGGAUUGAGGUCAAGGCAGGGGCUGCAAAGGAUGCUGGGAUUGCAGUCAAGGUGGGAGCUGCAAAGGAUGCUGGGAUAGAGGCCAAGGCAGGGCCCCCAAAAGUUACUGGGAUUGAGGUCAAGGCAGGGGCUGCAAAGGAUGCUGGGAUUGCAGUCAAGGUGGGAGCUGCAAAGGAUGCUGGGAUUAAGAUCAAAGCAGGAGCAGCAAGGGAUGCUGGGAGUGAGGUCAAGGUGGGGCCUGUAAAGGAUGCUGGGACCAAGGCUAAGGCAAGGCCCACAAAGGAUCCUGGGAUGGAGGUCCAGGAAAAAGAUGCUGGGAUUAAGGUUUACAUGGAGGCAAAGGCUGCUGGGAUUGAGGCUCACACUAAGGCAAAGGCUGCUGGGACUGAGGCCAAGGCAGGGGUGACAAAGGAUGCUGGGAUAGUAGCCAUCAACAGCACCAUCCCCCAGCCAGCCCUGAAGCCCCAGGCAGAGCUGCCUGCUGCAAAGGAUUUUGGGAUUGAGGUUAGGGCACGGGCUGCAAGGGAUCCUGGGAUGGAGGUCAAGGAAAGGAUUGCAAAGGCUGCUGGGAUUGAGGCUCACACUGAGGCAAAGGCUGCUGGGACUGAGGCCAAGGCAGGGGUGACAAAGGAUGCUGGGAUAGUGGCCAUCAACGGCACCAUCCCCCAGCCAGCCCUGAAGCCCCAGGCAGAGCUGCCUGCUGCAAAGGAUUUUGGGAUUGAGGUUAGGGCACGGGCUGCAAGGGAUCCUGGGAUGGAGGUCAAGGAAAGGAUUGCAAAGGCUGCUGGGAUUGAGGCUCACACUGAGGCAAAGGCUGCUGGGACUGAGGCCAAGGCAGGGGUGACAAAGGAUGCUGGGAUAGUGGCCAUCAACGGCAUCAUCCCCCAGCCAGCCCUGAAGCCCAAGGCAGAGCUGCGUGCUGCAAAGGAUCUUGGGAUUGAGGUCAAGGUGGGGGUUGCAAAGGAUGCUGGGAUUGAGGUCAGGGCAGGGAUUGCAAUGGAUGCUAGGACUGAGGUCAAAAUGAGGGCUGCAAAGGAUCCUGGGAUGGAGGUCAAGGAAGGCAUCACAAAGGAUGCUGGGAUUGAGGCUCACACUGAGGCAAAGGCUGCUGGGACUGAGGCCAAGGCAGGGGUGACAAAGGAUGCUGGGAUCGUGGCCAUCAACAGCACCAUCCCCCAGCCAGCCCUGAAGCCCCAGGCAGAGCUGCCUGCUGCAAAGGAUUUUGGGAUUGAGGUUAGGGCAUGGGCUGCAAGGGAUCCUGGGAUGGAGGUCAAGGAAAGGAUUGCAAAGGAUGCUGGGAUUGAGGCUCACACUGAAGCAAAGGCUGCUGGGACUGAGGCCAAGGCAGGGGUGACAAAGGAUGCUGGGAUAGUAGCCAUCAACAGCACCAUGCCCCAGCCAGCCCUGAAGCCCAAGGCGGAGCUGUGUGUUGCAAAGGAUUUUGGGAUUGAGGUCAAGGUGGGGGCUGUAAGGGAUGCUGGGACUGAGGCUAAGGCAGGGCCUGCAAAAGAUCCUGAGAUGGAAGUUGAGGAAGGGAUUGCAAAGGCUGCUGGGAUUGAGGCUCACACUGAGGCAAAGGAUGCUGGGAUUGAGGUCAGGGUGGGGUCCGCAAAGGAUGCUAGGAUUGAGGUCAAAAUGGGGGCUGCAAAGGAUCCUGGGAUGGAGGUCAAGGAAGGCAUCACAAAGGCUGCUGGGACUGAGGCUCACACUGAGGCAAAGGAUGUUGGGACUGAGGUCAAAGUGGGGUCUGCAAAGGAUGCUGGGAUUGAGGUCAGGGUGGCCCCCGCAAAGGAUGCUAGGACUGAGGUCAAAGUGGGGGCUGCAAAGGAUCCUGGGAUGGAGGUCAAGGAAGGCAUCACAAAGGAUGCUGGGAUUGAGGCUCACACUGAGGCAAAGGCUGCUGGGACUGAGGCCAAGGCAGGGGUGACAAAGGAUGCUGGGAUCGUGGCCAUCAACGGCACCAUCCCCCAGCCAGCCCUGAAGCCCCAGGCAGAGCUACCUGCUGCAAAGGAUGUUGGGACUGAGGCCAAGGCAGGGCCUGCAAAGGAUGCUGGGAUGGAGGCCCAAAAGGAGUUGUCCAAGGAUGCUGGGACUGAGGCCAAGGUGGGGCCCACAAAGGAUUCUGGGACUGAGGCCAGCACAGAGGCAGCAAAGGAUGCUGGGAAAGCGGCGGUCAAUGGGGCCGCCCCCCCGGAAGCCACGAAGCCGCCUGCCGCUGAGGAUCCUGGGCUUGAGGCCGCGACAGGGGCCGCAAAGGAUGCUGGGACUGGGGUCCAUACAGAGACAGCAAAGGGUGCUAGGAAACUGGACCAGCCAGCCACGACCCCGGAGGCUGGAGCACCUGCUGCAAAGGAUGCUGGGAGCCCAGGUGCAGAGGAUACUGGGAAGAAGUGGAUCAACCGGGCCACGGCCUCACCCCCCCGGGAGCCGGAGUCGGCUGCAAAGGAUGCUGGGAAGGUGGAGGUCGGGGAGCUGGUGCCCCCGCCCCGCCACAAGCGGCUCUUGCGCUCCCUGUCGGGGGGCGGCACUGGCCCCAGCCCCACGGCGCCACUCCGGCCCCACAGCACCCGCUCCGGCCUGGCCCAUGUGCGCGAUGCCGACCUGGUGCGCAAGCGGCGCUCCCAGCUGCGCAGCGAGUCCUUCUCCCUGGACGAGGCCGAGGGCAGCGGGUCCCCCCCCCGGCCCCCCAGCACCGGUGACAGCGAAGGCGCGACGGCCCCCACCAGCGCCCGGACGCAGCUGCCCCCAGCCGCAGCCACGCAGCAGGGACCCCCGGACCCCGGCUCCCCUGACGAGGAGAGCCCGCGGUUCCAGGACACCAGCCAGUACGUGCUGGCUGAGCUGCGGGCGCUGGAGGUGGAGCAGCAGCAGCUGGACGCCCGCGCAGCCGUGGUGGAGACAGACCUGCGCUUCCUCAUGCAGUCCGGCACGGACCGCCCGCGGGAGGAGGAGCUCAUCCAGGAGUGGUUCACACUGGUGAACAAGAAGAACGCGCUGAUUCGGCGCCAGGACCAGCUCCAGCUGCUGAUGGAGGAGCAGGACCUGGAGCGCCGCUUUGAGCUCCUGAGCCGGGAGCUGCGUGCCAUGCUGGCUAUUGAAGACUGGCUGAAGACGGAGGCCCAGCAGCGGCGGGAGCAACUGCUACUGGACGAACUGGUGUCAUUGGUGAACCAACGGGACGAGCUGGUGCGGGACCUGGACAUCAAGGAGAGAAUAGCCCUGGAGGAGGACGCGCGGCUGGAGCGGGGCCUGGCCCAGCGGCGGCGGUCGGCCCGCAGGGAGCGGUGCCGCAUCACCUAGGCCAGGGGCGGGGGCGCUCGGCCCUCCCCCCCGCAGAGACUCCGGCUAUUUAUUGGCGUGUGCAACGCUUGUGCCUUCCCCCCCCGCUUCCUUUGCACUCAUUGGCUGCAGAGCCGGCAAUAAAGGAGACGUGGAUGGGA